AUGUCCGCUAUGGGGCAACUCGCUUUUGAUGAAUAUGGACGGCCGUUCAUCAUCAUUAAAGACCAGGAUAAGAAGACUCGGUUAUCGGGCCUUGACGCACUGAAGUCUCACAUCAUGGCAGCAAAGGCCGUUGCCUCGACGCUAAGGACGUCACUAGGACCAAACGGUUUGGACAAGAUGAUGGUUGAUCGGGAUGGGGAAGUGACCAUCACUAAUGACGGAGCCACUAUCCUCAGUAUGAUGGACGUGGAUCACCAGAUUGCCAAGCUCAUGGUAGAGCUCUCUAAGUCUCAGGACGACGAGAUUGGAGAUGGGACCACAGGGGUUGUUGUGCUAGCCGGUGCACUUCUGGAGGAAGCAGAGCAGCUGCUGGACAGGGGCAUCCACCCCAUCCGUAUCUCGGACGGUUACGACCAGGCCGCUAAGAUCGCCAUCGAGCAGCUCGACAAAAUCAGCGAGACUUACCCUUAUGACCCUGAAAACACAGAGCCGCUCAUCCAGACUGCCAUGACCACGCUGGGAUCCAAAGUGAUCAACCGCUGCCACAGACAGAUGGCGGAGAUCGCCGUAAACGCUGUCCUGACUGUGGCAGACAUGAACCGCAAGGAUGUCGACUUUGAGCUAAUCAAGAUGGAGGGCAAGGUUGGAGGCAAGCUGGAGGACACCCAGCUCAUCAAGGGAGUCAUUGUAGACAAGGAGUUUAGCCACCCUCAGAUGCCCAAGCUCCUGAAAGACACAAAGAUGGCCAUCCUGACCUGUCCGUUUGAGCCCCCUAAGCCUAAGACCAAGCACAAGCUGGAUGUGACCUGUGUUGAGGACUACAAGGCCCUGCAGAAGUAUGAGAAGGAUAAGUUUCUGGAGAUGAUCAAACAGAUUAAGGACACCGGCGCAAACCUGGCAAUCUGCCAGUGGGGAUUUGAUGAUGAGGCGAAUCACCUGCUGCUGCAGAAUGAGCUGCCUGCUGUCCGCUGGGUCGGAGGGCCCGAGAUCGAGCUGAUUGCCAUAGCAACAGGAGGCCGCAUUGUUCCUCGGUUCUCUGAGCUGACUGCCGAGAAGCUGGGUUCAGCCGGCGUUGUCAGGGAGAUCUGUUUUGGAACUACAAAGGAUCGCAUGCUGGUCAUCGAGGAGUGCAAGAACUCCAGGGCUGUCACCAUCUUCAUCCGUGGGGGAAACAAAAUGAUCAUCGAGGAGGCCAAGCGUGCACUGCAUGAUGCACUAUGCGUCAUCCGUAACCUGGUCAGAGACAAUCGCAUAGUCUAUGGGGGUGGUGCUUCUGAGAUCGCCUGUGCCCUCGCCGUCAACCAAGCAGCAGAUAAGUGCCCAUCCCUUGAGCAGUAUGCCAUGCGUGCAUUUGCUGAUGCCCUGGAGGUGAUCCCAAUGGCCCUGGCAGAGAACAGUGGGCUUAACUCCAUCCAGACCAUGACAGAGGUCCGUGCCAGGCAGGUGGCUGAGUCUAACCCUGCUCUGGGUAUUGACUGUCUGCACCUCAACACCAACGAUAUGAAGCAGCAGCAUGUGAUUGAGACUCUGCAUGGAAAGAAGCAGCAGAUCUCUCUGGCCACCCAGGUAGUCAAGAUGAUCCUGAAGAUUGAUGAUAUCAGAAGCCCUGGAGAGUCUGAAGAAUGAGCCCCAACCAGCCAUCCACCCAACUGAGCGCCUGUCAAACCCGGCUCUGUGUUCUGUAACUCGUUCUAAACUAUGAUCUUUUGAAACCGAGGUGUUCUAAAAUCACUAGAAUAUUCUGGAACUUAACUGAAAAGCUCUAUAAUCUUCUUGUAUUCUAGAAGGGCCUUGAGGCACUUGCCAAGGACUGUGUCCGGCCUUGCAUACUGUUAUUUAUCAUUUGAUACUGAAACCACACUGCUCCCUUACUCUGCAAAAAGUUGUAGUGCUGAACUCAUCAAUAAAAUGUUGGUCUGUGUAAUUUCACUGCCUGGUGGAUUAUCAACCUUGUUAUAAAACAUGA